UACAAUGCAUUUAUGAUUUAAUAAAGAAUAAUACAAUAGAUACAAAGGAAAUUUAGUUUCUUACAGUUGUUCUUGUAUCAUGUGCUUUUGUGUUUUUAAAUAGUACGAGCUCUAAUUGGACACAAUGGACUGUCCGAAACUUAUUAGUAUAUUUAAUACUCCUAAAAUAAUAUGGCAUCAAACGGAUAAUACGAUUGGUAUUCGUGUCAUGUUACAGGACGUUAAAGAUUAUUUUCUUAGGGUCGAAGCUGAUCACUUACGUUUUAGCACCAUAUUAAACGACAAAGAAUAUUAUCUAAGUUUGUACCUAUUUGGCAGUGUGAUACCAGAAGAAACUACUCAUGUCAAUUUGGAAAGAGAAAUUAAAAUCAAUCUCAUAAAGGCAUUUAAAUGGCUACCUUGGUUAAGAUUACAAGAUAAUAAAGAGAAAUGUCCUUAUAUAAUUCUUGAUUUAGAACGUUUAUACGAACCAAGUUGGAGCAAAGAUAAACGAAUAAGAAUUGUUGUAGAUGAGGAACAUACAAUAGCCAAGUAUGCACGUCAAAAAAAUAUCAUGAUUGACGAUGUAUCUACCGAUGAUGAAGAAUCUAAUGAUGAAUGGCUAGAUGGUGAAUUUUUUUAAUGAUACGAUAGAAUUUUAAUUGUUUAAUGUACAGUUUGUUAGAAUAAUCAAUUAGUAUUCAAUCUGUAAUUAAUAUUUUUUUUUAUAUGAAAAAUAUUUUAUUUGCAAUAUUUGUUUCAUUAAAUGUUUAUAUUUUAAUAAGUUACAAAAAAGCGAUGUAACAUCAUUAUUAUUUUUUUUUAUAAGUAUUUUUAUUACCAAAGAUUAGUAGUCGUAUCAUUUAUUAAUUAAGAGGACAUUUGUUAUACUUUCAUGAGAGAUUAAAGAAUGUUUUGAAAAUAAA